GCCCGCUGCGCGCCCCCGCGCUGAUCCCUGUCGAGCGUCUACGCGCCUCGCUUCCUUUGCCUGGAGCUCGGCGCCGAGGGGGGCCGGACCCUGGCUCUGCGGCCGCGACCUGGGUCUUGCGGGCCUGAGCCCUGAGUGGCGUCCAGUCCAGCUCCCAGUGACCGCGCCCCUGCUUCAGGUCCGACCGGCGAGAUGACGCGGAGCCCCGCGCUGCUGCUGCUGCUAUUGGGGGCCCUCCGGUCGGCUGAGGCGGCGCGAGGACCCCCAAGAAUGGCAGACAAAGUGGUCCCACGGCAGGUGGCCCGCCUGGGUCGCACUGUGCGGCUACAGUGCCCAGUGGAGGGGGACCCACCACCGUUGACCAUGUGGACCAAAGAUGGCCGCACAAUCCACAGUGGCUGGAGCCGCUUCCGUGUGCUGCCCCAGGGGCUGAAGGUGAAGGAGGUGGAGGCCGAGGAUGCCGGUGUUUAUGUGUGCAAGGCCACCAAUGGCUUUGGAAGCCUCAGCGUCAACUACACUCUCAUCAUCAUGGAUGAUAUUAGUCCAGGGAAGGAGAGCCCUGGGCCAGGUGGUUCUUCUGGGGGCCAGGAGGACCCAGCCAGCCAGCAGUGGGCACGGCCUCGCUUCACACAGCCCUCCAAGAUGAGGCGCCGAGUGAUUGCACGGCCUGUGGGUAGCUCCGUGCGGCUCAAGUGUGUGGCCAGUGGGCACCCACGGCCAGACAUCAUGUGGAUGAAGGAUGACCAGACCUUGACGCGUCUAGAGGCCAGUGAACACAGAAAGAAGAAGUGGACACUGAGCUUGAAGAACCUGAAGCCUGAAGACAGUGGCAAGUACACGUGCCGUGUAUCCAACAGGGCCGGUGCCAUCAACGCCACCUACAAAGUGGAUGUAAUCCAGCGGACUCGUUCCAAGCCUGUGCUCACAGGGACACACCCUGUGAACACAACAGUGGACUUCGGUGGGACAACGUCCUUCCAGUGCAAGGUGCGCAGUGACGUGAAGCCUGUGAUCCAGUGGCUAAAGCGGGUGGAGUACGGCUCUGAGGGGCGCCACAACUCCACCAUUGACGUGGGUGGCCAGAAGUUUGUGGUGUUGCCCACGGGUGAUGUAUGGUCACGGCCUGAUGGCUCCUACCUCAACAAGCUGCUCAUCUCUCGGGCCCGCCAGGAUGAUGCUGGCAUGUACAUCUGCCUCGGUGCAAAUACCAUGGGCUACAGUUUCCGUAGCGCCUUCCUCACUGUAUUACCAGACCCCAAACCUCCAGGGCCUCCUAUGGCUUCUUCAUCAUCAUCCACAAGCCUGCCAUGGCCUGUGGUGAUCGGCAUCCCAGCUGGUGCUGUCUUCAUCCUAGGCACUGUGCUGCUCUGGCUUUGCCAGACCAAGAAGAAGCCAUGUGCCCCAGCAUCUACACUUCCUGUGCCUGGGCAUCGUCCCCCAGGGACAUCCCGAGAACGCAGUGGUGACAAGGACCUGCCCUCAUUGGCUGUGGGCAUAUGCGAAGAGCAUGGAUCCACCAUGGCCCCCCAGCACAUCCUGGCCUCUGGCUCAACUGCUGGCCCCAAGCUGUACCCCAAGCUGUACACAGAUGUGCACACACACACAAUACACACACAUGCACACACACACUCUCAUGUGGAGGACAAGGUUCAUCAGCACCAGCAUGUCCACUAUCAGUGCUAAAUACAACCAAUCUCCAAGCACUGUGUCCUGAGGUAGGCAUAUGGGGGCCAAGGCAACAGGUUGGGAGAAUUGAGAACAAUGGAGGAAGAGUAUCUUAGGGUG